GCCAUCCAUUCAUACCCCUUCGCUACCUCUCUUCUUCAUCUUCCAAAAAUUUCAACUUCUUUUUCAGAACCAUGAAAGUGGCGGUGAUCGGAGGAGGGAUUAGCGGGCUGGUCGCCGCCUAUGUUCUUGCCAAAGAAGGUGUAAACGUGGUGCUUUACGAGAAAGAAGACUACUUGGGAGGCCAUUCGAGGACCGUGAGCUUUGAUGGCGUUGAUUUGGACCUUGGUUUCAUGGUCUUCAAUCGUGUUACAUAUCCGAACAUGAUGGAGUUCUUUGAGAGUCUAGGAAUUGAAAUGGAGCCAUCCGAUAUGUCGUUCUCGGUGAGCCUCGAUGAAGGCAAAGGCUGCGAAUGGGGCAGCCGGAACGGUUUCUCGAGCUUGUUUGCUCAGAAAUCCAACCUCUUCAAUCCAUACUUUUGGCAAAUGGUUAGGGAAAUCAUCAAGUUCAAGAGUGAUGUUAUCAGCUAUCUUGAAUUGCUUGAAAACAACCCAGAUAUUGACCGCAACGAAACAUUGGGACAGUUCCUAGCAUCAAAGGGUUACUCUGAAGUUUUUCAGAAGGCUUAUUUGGUUCCUGUAUGCGGUUCGAUAUGGUCCUGCCCUACAGAGAGAGUUAUGGAUUUCUCAGCUUUCUCGAUCCUUUCGUUUUGCCGCAACCAUCAUCUUCUUCAGCUCUUCGGACGGCCACAGUGGAUGACUGUUCGUUGGCGUUCGCAUCGUUAUGUCAGUAAGGUUAGAGAAGAGCUGGAGAGCAGAGGCUGCCAAAUAAGAACUGGUUGUGAGGUGCAAUCUGUUUUGAGUGACGAAGAAGGUUGCACUGUAGUCUGUGAAGACGAGUCUCGAGAAUCAUAUCAAGGUUGCAUAAUGGCUGUUCAUGCACCGGAUGCUUUGAGAUUGUUAGGGGAUCAAGCAACAUAUGACGAAUCGACAGUGCUUGGUGCUUUUCAAUAUGUCUACAGUGAUAUUUAUCUUCAUCGUGACAAAAAUUUAAUGCCGAAAAAUCCAGCAGCAUGGAGCGCUUGGAAUUUUCUCGGAAGUACCGACAAGAACGUAUGUUUGACAUACUGGCUUAAUGUGCUUCAGAAUCUAGGGGAAACAGGCCUACCCUUUUUGGUAACUCUUAAUCCGAAUUAUACGCCGCAACACACCUUGCUUAAGUGGACGACUGGUCAUCCGGUACCAUCAGUGGCUGCAACAAAAGCUUCGCUUGAGCUUGAUCGGAUUCAAGGGAAGAGAGGAAUUUGGUUCUGUGGAGCAUACCAGGGCUAUGGCUUUCAUGAAGAUGGAUUAAAGGCUGGGAUGACUGCUGCAAAUAAUUUGCUGGGAGAAAGUUGUAAUAUUCUGAGCAAUCCAAAGCAUAUGGUGCCCUCUCUGAUGGAAACUGGAGCACGUCUUUUCGUUACUCGAUUCCUCAGUCAUUUUAUCUCCACCGGCUCCGUGACUUUAUUGGAGGAAGGGGGCACUAUGUUUACCUUUGAAGGAACUAGCAAAAAGUGUUCUCUGAAAACUGUCAUUAAAGUUCACAGUCCACAUUUUUAUUGGAAGGUUAUGACAGAGGCAGAUUUAGGCCUUGCAGACUCAUAUAUCAAUGGGGAUUUUUCUUUUGUUGAUAAAAAAGAUGGCCUUUUAAACCUUGUAAUGAUUCUUAUCAGCAACAGAGAUUCGAUUGCUUCCAAUUCGAAACUGAAUAAGAAAAGGGGCUGGUGGACACCAUUGUUACUUACAGCCAGUUUGACAUCUGCAAAGUAUUUCUUCAAGCAUGUCUCAAGGCAAAAUACUCUUACACAAGCUCGUAGGAACAUUUCUCGCCAUUACGAUCUGAGUAAUGAUCUAUUUGAACUAUUCUUGGAUGAAACUAUGACAUACUCCUGUGCUGUAUUUAAGACAGAAGAUGAGGAUUUGAAAGAUGCACAACAGAGAAAAAUAUCACUUAUUAUAGAAAAAGCAAGAAUUGAUAGCAAGCAUGAAAUUCUUGAGAUUGGAUGUGGUUGGGGAAGCUUAGCUAUCGAAGUCGUCAAACGAACCGGAUGCAAAUAUACCGGCAUUACUUUAUCCGAGGAGCAACUCAAAUAUGCAGAAAUGAGAGUGAAGGAAGCUGGACUUCAGGAAAAUAUAAGAUUUCAACUCUGCGAUUAUCGACAACUACCUAGCACCUACAAGUAUGACAGAAUAAUCUCUUGUGAAAUGAUAGAAGCUGUUGGCCAUGAAUACAUGGAGCAAUUCUUUGGUUGCUGUGAAUCAGUAUUAGCAGAAGAUGGACUUCUUGUUUUACAGUUCAUAUCAAUACCGGAAGAACGAUACGAUGAGUACAGACGAAGUUCGGACUUUAUCAAGGAAUACAUCUUCCCUGGUGGGUGCCUACCAUCUUUGACUAGGAUAACGACAGCCAUGGAUGCUGCAUCCGGACUCUGUGUGGAGCAUGUGGAGAACAUAGGGCUUCAUUACUACCAAACCCUUAGAUGCUGGAGACAGAACUUCUUGGAGAAGCAGAGCAAAAUCCUUAGCUUGGGAUUCGACGAGAAGUUCAUUAGGACAUGGGAAUACUAUUUUGAUUAUUGUGCUGCUGGAUUCAAGACUAAUACUCUUGGGAAUUACCAGAUUGUGUUUUCUCGGCCUGGAAAUGUAGCUGCACUUGGCAAUCCAUACAAAGGAUUCCCCUCAGCAUCUUAAUUUUUGUCCUAUUAUUGAAUAAAUUAAAAU